GCGCCUCGCGUUCCUUCCCUACCCAUCUGUUCGUCAGAGAGAGGUUUUGUUGGAUCUGGGCCGGUGAGAAGGGUUGUUGGGGUUGUGGACUGGGAGUGAGAGCUCUCGGAAGGGGUCUGUCUACACCAUGCCCGCCCUCGCGAGGUCGCCGUCCUUCGCCGUGCUGGCCGUGCUCGCGCUCGCCACCGCCGUCGCCGGCGAGGUCUUCUUCCAGGAGAAGUUCGACGAUGGAUGGGUGGAUCGGUGGGUGAAGUCGGAGUGGAAGAAGGAGGACAACACGGCCGGCGAGUGGAACCACACUUCCGGCAAAUGGAACGGUGAUGCCGAGGACAAAGGGAUCCAGACCUCCGAGGACUACAGGUUCUACGCCAUCUCGGCGCAGUUCCCGGAGUUGAGCAACAAGGACAAGACCCUGGUUCUGCAGUUCUCCGUCAAGCAUGAGCAGAAGCUCGACUGUGGUGGUGGCUAUGUCAAGCUGCUCGGCGCUGAUAUUGACCAGAAGAAGUUUGGCGGCGAGACACCUUACAGCAUUAUGUUUGGGCCGGAUAUCUGUGGGUACGCCACCAAGAAGGUGCAUGCUAUCCUCACCAAGAAUGGCAAGAACCAUCUGAUCAAGAAGGAGGUGCCGUGCGAGACAGAUCAGCUGACACAUGUGUACACAUUGAUCAUCCGUCCUGAUGCCACUUACAGCAUUCUAAUUGACAACGCCGAGAAGCAAACUGGCAGCAUCUAUGAUGACUGGGACAUUCUCCCUGCAAAGAAGAUCAGGGAUCCUGAAGCCAAGAAGCCAGAAGAUUGGGUAGAUGAGGAAUACAUUCCUGAUCCUGAGGAUAAGAAGCCAGAGGGUUAUGACGAUAUUCCCAAGGAAAUUACUGAUCCUGAGGCAACGAAGCCGGAGGACUGGGACGAUGAGGAAGAUGGUGAAUGGACAGCUCCAACCAUGCCAAACCCCGAGUACAAGGGACCAUGGACGCAAAAGAAAAUUAAGAACCCGGAAUACAAGGGCAAAUGGAAGGCACCUUUGAUUGACAACCCUGAUUUCAAGGAUGAUCCUUACAUCUACGCUUUUGACAGUUUGAAGCACAUUGGCAUUGAGCUGUGGCAGGUUAAAUCGGGAACUCUGUUUGACAAUAUCCUGAUCACGGAUGACCCUGAGUACGCCAAGAAGGUCGCAGAGGAGACCUGGGCCAAGCACAAAGAUGCUGAGAAGGCCGCCUUUGACGAGGCUGAGAAGAAGAGACUCGAGGAGGAAUCUGCAAGCAGCAAGGAUGAUGACCUUGAUGACGAUGAAGAUGCUAAUGACACAGAUGAGGACGAGGAUGAGAGCAAGUCUUCCGGUGUCGAUGCCAAGGAUGACUCUGACGAUGAGAAGCCACAGCAUGCAAACAAGGACGAGAAGGCUGAGGAAGUUAGCAAGGAUGCUCCUUCUACUAAGAAGGACGAGCUUUAGGAUGUGGGGGGUUAAAGAUGCAGAUUAAGUCGGUCAGGGUGUAUUUCUUUUUCCCAUUGGGGUUUGCAGUAGAGCUAUCCCGUUAACUAGACUUGGAAAUUAUCUCUGAAAGUAAGAUGAGAAGUAAUUCGAUCUUGGAUCUUGUAAGGCCCCGUUUUAGAACACAGUUUUUUUUUUGGAGGAAAAGAUUCGUAUGGAUAACAUUCCUUUACACAUUUUGGAACA